AUGUUUUUCAGAAGUUUUAUUAAAAUACAAAGAUCAGUACGGUUAAGAUAUACCAUUCUGUCGUCCACUAAGAGUUCAGUACAUUUUAAGAAUAUAGAGCUAUACCGAAGAUUUCUAACCACUAGCAAUGAUUCUAUGGUGAAGCCACUAGAGAUAAUAAAUGGUCGAGAUAAUUUGAAUAUGUCAAUUACAGAAAGAGCUUGUGAAAGAUUGAAUGAAAUUUAUAAAGAUAGUAAAGAAAUCUUGAAAAUUAAUGUAGAAAGUGGCGGUUGUCAUGGAUUUCAAUACAAUUUGAAAUUGAUACCAGAUUCCGUGGGAAGCUCAAAAAAUAAUACUGAUUCGAAGAAUUUCAUGGAACAAAGUACAGAUGAUGCGGAGUUUAAAUACGUUCCAGAUGAUAGCAGCAAUAUAAUAUAUGUUCUACCGAAGGAUAGAGCAAAAGUUAUGAUUGAUGAGAAAUCUCUAAAGAUUCUGAAUAACACGACGUUGACUUAUACGACUGAAUUAAUUGGGUCCACUUUCAAGAUCACUAAUGGGAAUAUGAAGAGCACUUGUGGUUGUGGAAGCAGCUUUGACAUAGAUAUAGAUCUCGAUAAGUAA